UUUUAAGUAUUUUAAAUUCAAUGCUAAACAAAUAAUUAUUUUUUACGUAGAAUAUUUCCUAUUUGAUUAUUUAUCUUUACGAUGACUUCUUUGGAAGGAGAAGCACCACAAGCAGUUAUUAAACCAAAUCCGAGAAAUAAUCCUGUUAUAUUUAAAAUAUUUCACAAUGUUCAAUUCAAUAUUGUUCAACACAAGAAAUAUGUGAAAGAAAUGAUAAAACUAUACAAAAAGAUUGAAGCCAAUCAAUUUAGAGAGAGUUUUAAGAAUGCACUGCUUUAUCUCUUUACAUUUGGAGACACUAGUGCAAAUGUUGACCGUGUUAUACAAUUUGUUGCAACGUUUUGUACAUCCCUUGAUGACGAAGAAGAAUUCCUAAUGUUUAUAUUCAAUAUUGUGUUUGAGUGCCAGUGUGUAUCUGGUCCGUCUGUGAGAUACAGGGCAAGUCAACUGCUGGCUGCUGUAUUAUCUGCUCUCGGUGAAGAUGCUUCAUUAGAUGAUGAUCUUUGUGACAAACUUUUGGAAUCACAGAUGCAAAGAUUGCAAGACACCCGAGGUGCGGUGAGAUGUCGAGCUGCAUUAGCUCUACAGAGGCUGCAGAACCCUAUGGAGCCAGACGACGAGGUGACCAGAGCGUAUCGCUUUCACAUGAGCUGUGACCCAAGUUCGUCAGUGAGAAGAGCUAUAGUGAUGUCCAUUGCGAAGUGCGCUCGUAACGUACCGUUUGUUCUGCAACGUCUGUGUGACGUCGACGAGGCAGUACGCCGAGCUGCCUUUAUUCACAUUGCCGCAAUGCCUGUCACACAGCUAAGGGUCAAACAAAGAAUUCUUAUUUUAAAAGUGGGCCUCACAGAGCGCAGUCCACGAGUGCGUCGAGUGGUCGAGGAGAUCCUCAUACCGAGCUGGUUGAGCUCCUUCCAGGGAAAUAUUAUUGACUUGCUCAAAGCUAUUCGAUUGGACAACGCUAAUGAUGCUAAGGACUCGCAGUAUGUUGCAGGAAAACUGCUUGAACCGUUGUUUAAACGUCUUCAAACAUCAGAGCUGUUAGAAUGGUUGCCAACAGACAAGAACCUCAGACUGAUCCCAGCUGAGAAACUGAACAAAGAGACCGCGUGGUACUGGCGCCAUCUGGCGGAGCACUUGCAGUCUAUUGACGACGACGAAACUCUGGAGACGAUCUUGCCCGAUUUAGUUGUGUUAAUCGGCUAUAUAAGAGCCAUUGUUGAGUCCCCGUGUCCGAGCGAGGAUGAAGACCCCGUGGUGUUCGGAACCCGCCAACACAUCCUGCACGAGCUGGGCAUGUUGUUGCGAGUCUACGACGCCACAGACCCCAUCGGACGGGACGCUCUGCAAGUCCUCAUUACGGACACCCUCACUGGUGACUACGGCGUGUUGAGCGCGGACGUGAUCCGAUCGUUCGUGUACGCCCUGCAGCUGGCGGUACCCGACGUGUCGCGCCGCCUCGACAUCGUGUGCCGCGUGCUGUCGGCGCUGAGAGACGCGCCCGACGGGGAGGCGGCGCCGCCCGCGCCCGUCACACCCGUCGACACAGCCGAGAUAAAACUGAAGAGGGCGCAACUUCGUGUCUCGUUAAACGUAGCCAUGGAGGCCCAAGAGGAGGCUGUAAGGGACGAGAACUAUGCUCUAGCGGCCGAGUGCAAAGCUAAGGUAGCAGACAUACAGAAGAAACUAGAGGAAUUGAAUUUGCAAACGGCUCCAGUUGCUCCAAUACCCAUACCGACGAUGAAGGAAGUUAAUUCAGACCCGGAGACGUUAAACAAAUGCUUAACUAUACUCAACUGUGCCCUAUCUACGCCACAGUUGAAGACCCUCACACCUAUGUUGGAAAUGAUGUUCAACGAACUGGAGCUGGAAAUGAAAGGCAACCCGGAGGUAUUGGACAACGCCCUGGUGACGAUGGCGUUGUAUGGCAUGCUGGACAAGGAGUUCGCGAAGAAACACAAGGCGUUCUUCUUCAAAAACUUCCUAGACACGUCGCGUGAAGACACGGUCGCCACGGCCCUGCGAGCUAUCAUAGACCUCCUGUGUGUGCACGGCGCGCGACUGUUCGAGGAACACGUUGACACCAGGCUCAGUACUGCUCACACGAGUCGGGCUACCGGCUCCACUCUGGACCCUGACACCGAUCAAAGUCUUUCGGAUACUGCUGUUUCAUUAACGAGUACCCAUAGUACCGUUGUCGAACUGCUGUUAAAGAUUAUGGACGACCCUUGUCCAACGUAUCGCCUCAUCAUCGUGGAAGGGCUGUGUCGCCUCUUGUACCUGGGGCACGUGGAGUCACCGUCUGUACUGAGCCGCUUGCUGCUCUUGUGGUUCAACCCGGCUACCGUGGAGGAAGAUAUGUUGCGUCAGACAAUCGGAGUGUUCUUCCAAGUGUUCCCUAUGAGCGUGGACGGCGCGCAGGAGCAAAUACAGAAAGCCACAUUGCCAACACUCCGAGCACUGGCCAAUGCUCCGGCUAACUCGCCCAUAGCGGAAAUAGAUCAGGAAGCUGUUGUCAAGUUCAUCGUAUCACUGACGAGGAUCAAUCAUGAGCUGGUGGACAGUCAGGGCGGCAUGGCGGCGGCGUUGUGCAGCCGGUUAGUUCGCGGGCUGCCCACGGGCGAGGCGGCGCUAGCGUGCCGCCUGCUGGCGCUGCUGUCGCCGCCGCGCGACGCCGGCCUGGCGCGCUCGCUGGCCGACAUGCUGCGGCGACUGUGUACGAAACUGUCGGACAAACAAUCGAUCCGCAACGUGACGCGCUACCUCGGCGCUCUCGACGCAAUGGAACGAGCAAGUCUCAACAAGAUGUCUGACUCAGGAAUGGAAGGUGAAAGGACAGUUCCCACAGAAGACACGAUCGGCUCUAUAGGGAGAUCUAUGGGAUCUUUGCGUGUCAGCACCAGCAAUACCCGUACGAAGACAAUUACCUUCAAGAAGUUGUUUUUGACUCAACCGAUUGCCCGGAGCACGCAGGUAGUGAUCAAUGAAACCGUUGAAGAGGAGGUGGAAAUUGAUGAAACUUCACCCACUGAAGCUACCAAUGAACAAGUUCCUGCACCAAUAGGUACUCGAGAGCAGACCUCGGAUGCGACAAGACAAUCACCAGAAGCUGAAAUUAACAAAGAUAUAUCAAAGAGCGACUCUGAAGAUAGUAGCGGGCAGUCCCCGGUUAAGAAGCCUAAAGUCGGCAAAGCUAAAAAGAAACUUUCGCUGGCCAAAAGUAAGACGGCAGUGAAAAACGGAACGAAGAAAACAAGAGGACGGAAGAAAAACGAGAAAUCAAAUGAUGCAAACUCAGAAAAGAGGAACAAGCGAACACGGGCCGAUCAAUCUCUGGAUGAAUCUAAUACAGGAAUCAGUUCCGGUGAAUGUUUGGAAACAGAGAAGGCUUCAAAUCGGUCGUCGAGGAGUUCGGCAAACACUUCUACCAGCGAUAACAUGGACAAGUCUGCUGACGAGACAGAACUACACACCAUUGUAUACGACAGCGAUAUUAGACAGUCUCUCCUCGUGGAUUCUGAAGACGAGAGCAGCAGACGCGUGUCUCGCACCAACGUCACCGUGCCGGAGACACCGGACGGGAGCGAGGAGUCUGAUUCGUAGCUCAUUAGAACACCGACGAUAUUUAUUAUAAGAAGAUUUACAAUAAAGUUUAUUUUAUUAA